CAACCUGCUGUUAACCAGCAUUGGCUAUGGAGACGGUGACGCUGGGCACAAAACACAGUCACAUCGACAUCCCUCGGUAUACAACACCAGCCGGAAAACAGGCUAUAUCAACCAACACUUUCCAUAAAUGACUCACGGCACUGUAGUUGGGUUAUAUCAAACACAAUUAGUCCACGGUCCGAUACCGUAACCACUGGCCAUGACUGUGAAGAGACCCGCUGUACCCCAGGGGAAGAAGACCUUCAAACGCGCACGUGCUUCUACCCUCGGCGCCCCGGUGUAUACAAGAGCUGGCUCGGGCAUGGACUUUCCACCUCAGUCCUGUCUCCAGCUCUUCCUCUGGACACUCAUAGUCCAUGGGUCAGAUAGUCUACAGUACCUGCCGUGUAACCCUGUUGGCCCCCUCCAGUGUGGCAAUAACGGGCUGCUGUACUUCAAGUCCGUCUACUGCCCAGGCUAUGGCUAUGCCAUGCAGCUACUUCAGGAGAACUGCUCUGGCCGCACUUCCUGUGAUAUUGACACUAUUGACAUACCCAAACGACUGAAAUACAAGUGUUGUGGGCACUACCCGGGGACGCCUAGAGUCAUCUACGCCUGCUCUGGUUCAGGUUCGGAUGUUCAACCUGGAGGGGGGUCCAUGUCUGUUCAACCAGGAUUUAGGAGUACCACCCAGAUAGGAUCCAGUGGGCAUUCCCUUGAAGAUCAGAUUGUGAUAGUUGCCGUGGCUGCGCUCAUCGUCUUCCUCUGGGGGUGUGGGCUCGUGUUCCUUUACUUCAGAUAUAAUUACACUUCACGCUGUCAAUGGUUAUACCGGAAGCGACGCACCAAAACGCCCUCUAGUGUCGAGCCUGUGUACUCUACUCCUGGAGCCGUGAGCUCUGAGCGCUAUGUGGAGAUUCACAGUUUUCCUUCUCCUCCGGCCCUCCCCCCUAGCCCCCCGCCCUCGGCACCCUACUUACAAUCCGCGGAGUACGGCAAUCUCCACCCGCUAGAACCCACAGUCCCGCCAAUUGUUCCCUAACCAAUGCUGCACAGGAGAACAGUCAUGAAUACACGUAUAUAGAUCUGCAAAGCAUUAUUUGUAUAUACAGGUAUCAACAAAUUAGAUUCGAUACUUUAAAAUGAAAUAAACUGAUAAGAAAUUUUGUUUUA